AGCCCCGUCGUCGCCCUGUCGAGUCAUCGCUGGAGAAGAGCCCGGAGCGGACGGAGCGGAUGAGCCGCCGUCUGAUGGCUUGAAAACGGGGGGAAUAAGUGUGGAUCACGUCGGAUUAUUUGCGCUCUCACACGCACACACGGGCCCAGGACGGUGGCAGCAGCUGGACUGGAUGUGGAUACGGGUGAAGAUAUGAGCGGAGUGUGAGUCAGGCUGUUGCCGCUCGGUAGCGGCUGCGGACCCGGGCACCGACAGCACGGAGGCAGCCUGAAAAGAGCGAACUUGGCUCCUCUCUCUUCCCGGUGGGAGGUGUCUGCUAGUCCGCCGUGCCGCGUCGCGCUCGCAGCCUCCCUGCUCGGACCUUCUAAUGAGGAUACGGACAUAACUGAGGGGGCCAUUUUCUGUAAAUAUCGUCUUUUCUCUGUUUUCUUUAAAGCAACCAACUGUGGCUUUAAUGUGACGCACUAACAGACAUUAGCUCUGUGUCGGAGCGGACCCCCCCUGCAGAGGACUUCAAGGCUUCUUCAUCAAGUUUCCUCCCGCAACAAGCUCCUCACCGAUGUAAGAGCAAAAAGAACAGCUAGAGAUCCAAGCUGGGCCAGGCCAGGCCAGGCCAGGCUAGGCCAGGCUAGCAUUCUGUCUGGCCUCACCAGCUUCCUGCCCUCGGUGAGUGGAGGAGGCUUCAGCCAGCUCAGUCAAGUCAAGCUGUAAAAGAUUGGAUUCCAACCAUAUUUCAUCUUAGCCUUCAGGAGGCCACACUGGUUUGUUAGAUCUCCAAUUCUUCCAUGUCAUGGUGGUUGCUCUCUGGAUAUUUGCAGCAGAAUGGAUUCAGGUGUUAAUUUGACAGGUGUUACAUCAUUGCAGUGCUUGCACUCUCCCUCCUCGGACUGCCUUUCGUCCCCUCCCUCCCCAAUCUUCAAGAGAAAGCCCCUCAGCCCCCCCUGGGGCUUCCCUGAGCCCUGUACAGAAGGGCCUAACAGGAACUGUCAGUAGUCUUGUUGAAACAAGUUGACAUUGCAAAGGGGAAGUAGAGUUAAUAAAUUCUAGAUAAAAAAUCUACAGACCACAACAAGGAUUACUGUAGUUGAUUGAUAUAUUUUUUGUAACCUGUCCACUUUGCUUUUACUUUGAUCAGAGGUUUUCACUUGAAAAAGGAGCUUGCUGGUCAAGAUUUGCACCCACAAUCAGUUUACAAAUAGGUUAAUGUGAAUACUAAUUGAAAAAAAAAAAAUCCUUAUUUAUACAUAAAGACUUUUUCUAUAUUUCUUUGGGUCUAAGCAUCAGGGCGGAAUGUCUGAAAGCAAUAGCAGCAGUAAAGCGGUAAUAUUCAUUGCCCCAGCCUCCCCUCCUCCCUCUACCUCUGCCUGUCCAUCACCCCAGACCCCUCAAAAGAAUGUGAACGGCUCUUCCAGUUCAGACUCGCAUGUGGUGGAGAAGCUCGGUGGUGUCACGGAGGUCCGACGCCGGCGCCACACGAUGGAUAGGGACUCUAAAACAGCUGAGCACCGCUUCUUCCGUCGCAGCGUCAUCUGUGACUCCAACGCCACAGCUUUAGACCUGCCCAGCAAAGCAGCUGUGAUACUCACCUCACCUCCAGACUGUGAAGGGUUGCCCGUCUUCCUCACUCCCCAGCUCUCAGGGCCUGGACCUGGGGUGCAAGAUGAUGAAGUCGAGAGAGGUUCCUAUUUGCAAAGCAAUACCCGUCAUCCUGGUCUUGGGGUUAGUGGAGCUGUUGAAGAAGGGCAUGUAGAAAUCGCUGAGAAAGAUCUAACCGAAGGCAGUGUUAUGGUUCCAGUUCCCACCAGUAGCAGUGUUGAACAUGCAGAUGGGGCAGAGAAAGUGUCCAGCCCGACAGUAUUGGAUGUUACAGACAACACAGCAGUCAAACAGCCUGAUGUAACAUUAACUCCCAGAGGGUCCGAGAACACACAACAGGUGGCAAAAGGUGAAAAAGUGAUCAAACAUGUAGGAGAGAGCAGCGUUAGUAGUCCAGCCGAAGAGAAGGAGACGGAGGAGGAGAAGGGUCUAGCAAAAGCACGAGCAGAGCUGAGAGAAGCUGAGAAACGAGUGCAGGAUGAUAUAGAGGAGGUAGAGACAAAAGCUGUGGGGACUUCACCGGAUGGACGCUUCCUGAAAUUUGACAUCGAGAUUGGAAGAGGCUCUUUCAAGACAGUCUACAAAGGACUGGAUACGGAGACGACGGUGGAAGUGGCGUGGUGUGAACUCCAGGAUCGCAAGCUGUCAAAGUCGGAGCGACAGCGCUUCAAAGAGGAGGCCGGGAUGCUGAAGGGUCUCCAGCAUCCUAACAUUGUCCGCUUCUAUGACUCGUGGGAGGGGCCAUGCAAAGGAAAGAAAUGUAUUGUUCUGGUCACCGAGCUCAUGACAUCUGGCACGCUAAAAACCUACCUGAAGCGUUUCAAGGUGAUGAAAAUCAAGGUGCUGCGUUCGUGGUGCAGACAGAUCCUCAAAGGGCUUCACUUCCUGCACACCCGAGCCCCGCCCAUCAUUCACAGGGACCUGAAAUGUGACAACAUCUUCAUCACAGGGCCCACGGGCUCAGUGAAGAUAGGGGACCUGGGGUUAGCCACAUUAAAGAGGGCCUCCUUCGCCAAGAGUGUCAUAGGUACCCCAGAGUUUAUGGCUCCAGAGAUGUACGAGGAGAAGUACGAUGAAUCUGUAGAUGUCUACGCCUUCGGGAUGUGUAUGUUGGAGAUGGCUACGUCAGAAUACCCCUACUCUGAAUGUCAAAAUGCUGCUCAGAUCUACAGGCGGGUCACUAGUGGGGUGAAGCCUGCCAGUUUUGACAAGGUAGCCAUUCCUGAGGUGAAGGAAAUUAUAGAGGGUUGCAUCCAAACAAACAAGGAUGAGAGGUAUGCCAUAAAGAUCCUGCUGAACCAUGCAUUCUUCCAGGAGGACACAGGGGUCAGGGUUGAACUGGCAGAAGAGGACGAUGGAGAAAUGAUCGCCAUCAAACUUUGGCUGAGAAUAGAAGACGUCAAGAAACUUAAAGGAAAAUACAAAGACAACGAAGCCAUCGAGUUCUCCUUUGACCUGAUUAAGGAUGUGCCUGAAGAUGUGGCCCAGGAAAUGGUUGAGUCUGGCUACGUCGCUGAAGGUGACCAUAAGACCAUGGCCAAGGCAAUUAAGGACCGUGUGUCUCUGAUCCGGAGGAAGAGGGAGCAGAGGCAGCUGGUGCGGGAGGAGCAGGAGAAGAGGAGACAGGAGGCAGAGCAACAUCUGCAACAGCAACAGCAGCAACAACAACAACAACAACAACAACAACAACAACAACUACUACUGCAGCAGCUUCAGCAGCAGCAACAAGAAACACUUAAAACCUCACACACACAGGCCGAGUUGGAAGAGACUGAAGUGGCGCACCAGCAGCUCCACUAUCAGCAGACCGGCCUCUCACACGCAUCUGAAGGAGGUAUGGACAGUGGCCAGGGUUCCUCUGUUUUCUCUUCCGACUCCCCCCACCUCGGUCAGCUGACCAUGUCCUACAGCUGCCCCCCUUCCUCCCAGCCCCCUUCCCAGCCCCAGACCCCCUAUCCCCUUACCCCAUCUGCCAACACGCAGCCACAUCCAGGCUAUGCCCAGCCACCGCAGCCAAUGCAGCAUUCAAUACCGCACCCCUACAGUGGAGGAACAAGCGCAGGAGGAGGAGCAGGAGGGAGCAUCCUCCUCCCAACUCAUCCUGACCCUGCUACUAUUUUCUUCCCCUCCAUCCCUGAGCGCCCCAUUUCCUUCUCGCCUCCACCCACUGGGCCUCCAAAGGCCUACAACACCCAGCGACGCAAGAGCACGUCCAUUCUAGAGGCCCACACCCGCCACUUCCAGCCCGCUUAUGCUCGCUAUGGGAGCAGCCUACACCCCUUUUCUGGGAUGGAGGGUGUAGAGACCCCCUCUCUCUUUAUGGUGAACCCUGGUUUUGCAGCAGCUGCUCAAAGACUUGGUGUGGGGGAGCCACUGCAUCUCCCAGGACAGUCUGACCCGAGUCUGUACGGCUACAAAGACAUGAGAGCAGAGCAUGAGGAAGUAGUCAGGAGAUUAAGUCUAAAUCAAGCUGCCUUAUUGGACCAUUAUGAAGCAAUGGCAUAUGGAGGAUACCCAAUGACUACACACCAGCUUGGUCACUUGAGCUACCAUCAGCAGAGGCAGGCAGCGGCUGCUGCUGCUAGUUUGGGUUUUGAUCCAGGUCCUCCACCUCAACCAGGCUUCUUGCACCCUCACCUCAUGCAAAGAAUGAGUACACACAGUCCAAUGCCUUCUCCCUUACCUCCAAUGAGCGCAUCCACUGGUGGCUCUGUUUCCUCUUCAUCAUCGGAUGGCUGCUAUCCUCCACCACAGCAUGGAUCCCUGUCUGCCUUCCCUAUUUCUGCACCUCCAGUAAUGGCUGAAGCUCCACCAUCUACUGGAAGUGUUUUUGAGUUUCAUUUAGCUGCUGCUGCUGCAGCUGCUGCUGGAGACCCAAGCCUCCUGGCAUCCAGACUUUACCGGGCUCGGAGAGGCUCCAUGGACCUCCCUCUGGAGGACAACACCGGACCUGGCUCAGGUGGUUCAGGCACAUACAGCCGUCUCCAGCCAGUGACAGAAGAACUGUACACUUACAUCAGCCCAGAGCUCCCCUUACCUCCAGGAAGUCUACUUCUGCACCACAUGGGCCUAACCAUGAAGGACAGAAGUCCGGAACCUUCUAGUGACUCUUUGGCCUCCUCAGACGCAGGAGAGUUCCAGUCACCUCCUCCCCCACCUCACCUCUCCUCGUUUGACUCCUCAGCUGCUCAGUCCAUCCCUCACUCAACCUCCGCCACACUCUUUGAUUCAUCAGGGGUAGUGCUCCCCAUAGAUCCCCAGGGACAUCCACCUUCCAUGCAGAGCUUUCUUCCUCCCACCCCAUCCUCCGAGCUCCCACUUGGGGGAACAUCAUCAACUCAUCUGGAUUCUCUGAUCCAGAGUGCCUGGGCCCGACACGGAGGGGUGGUACCAGCACAAGCCGAUAUGACAUACCAUGAGUCAUUGCUGGCAAUGCAGGCUGCUAACCCCACUCUGCAGCAGAUUCAGGCUCCCACCCCCCAGCCCUCGCCAGGACCCCCCAUAGUCCCUGCCGCCUCCCAGCCAGCGCCCCCUGGGACCUCCCAACAAGUCAUUUCAUCCAGUCAGAGCAGUACUUCAUUUCAGAGUCCCACACACACAACUCUGCAACAGGCACAGCCCAGUGUAACUCCGUCUACCUCUACUGUGACGCACCCUUCUCCUUCGCCAUCCCUUCCUAUUACCAUGCCGACAGCGGUUGUGGCUUCCCCACCUUCUCCUCUGCCCCUCUCUGUUGGGGUGGUGCCUCCUAUUGUUUCCCCUCCUCCUCCUCCUGUGCCUCAACCAUUGGCCACCAUGGUGCCAAUCAUCAGCGUAGUCACCGCCCCACCUGACACUCCCAUGGAAGCCCCUCCCCAGUCCGUCUCUCAGUCUUCAGAACUGUCCCAGUCCCAGCUGCAGCCACCUCAAGUUCUCUCAUCCAUAGAGAGUGGCCACUCUGAAACGUCAGGUCUGAGUGAUGGCAACGAGGGGGGAGGAGGUCGUCACGAAGGGCGCUCCACCAAGCGUCAUCAGAGACGUUCAGUGCGAAGUCGAUCACGCCACGAGAAGAUCUCCAAGGCGAAACUCAAUGUUCUCAAUAUCUCCAGCCGAGGAGACAGGGUAGCAGAGUGUCAGCUGGAGACUCACAACAGGAAGAUGGUGACGUUCCGGUUUGACCUGGAUGGUGACAAUCCUGAGGAGAUCGCUCAGAUCAUGGUCCAGAGUGAGUUCAUCCUGGAGAGUGAGAGGGAGUCAUUCAUUGAACAGGUCAGGGAGGUGAUAGAGAACGCUGAUGAGAAGGGUCUGGAGAGAGACGCAAACAGCCAGAUGACCGGUGGCAUGGAGCAGCAGAUUCCUGCCAUAUCUGUCCCCAUGCCAGACAUCCCCCCUAGUGCAACAGCACAAGUGGUUCAUUCAGCAGGUCGGAGGUUCAUCGUCAGCCCCGUACCUGAAGCCAGGCUGAAGGAACAAAUGUUUCCCACCUCUUCUCCGGCUGCCACUGCACCUUCUGUUGAAACAGUUCCUCCGGCAUCAGCUCCAACUCUAUCUCAGACUCCGGGCCAAGGUUUGGGGUUGUCCCAGUCUGCAGGAGCAAUCAGCUUACAACAGGCCUUCUCUGAGCUCAGACAGAACCAGAAUCAGUUUGAUCCAGGACCCAGCACCGCCCCAGCCUCCAUCCACUCCACCCAUCCUUCUCUACAGCCUUCAGCUUCCCCUGUCCCUUCACAGGCUAGCACCGUCUCCUCCACUGCUGAUAUUACUCCUGGUCUUGUCCCCUCUAAUUUAUCCAAGGCACAGGAGCACGUCAUGGAUGCCUCUCUUCCUCCUCAUUCCUCCUCCCCCUCUACUGUCGCUGCUGUGUGUCUCAGUCCUCCCAGUUCCUCCUCUCCUCCUCCGACUGGGGUGAACCAGUCCAUCCUUCAUCCUGGACCUGGGACACAGGCUGUGUCCCAGGUCCAGGGACAAGCACAAAUUCAGCCCCAGGCUUUCACCCAGCCUCAGUCCCAAUCAGUCUCUGCUGUCACUGCUACUUCAGUACCUUCCACUUUACCACCGGCGAGCAUCUCCAACAUCGCCCCAACAAGACUCACCUCUCCUCCCCCUGCCCAGACUGUCCCUCUUGUAUCCUCCCCUCCCUCCUCCACUCUCACAGCCAGUGAAGUCUCCUCCAUUCAUCAGUCCGUCUCCUCCACCUCGUCGUCUACUCCUCCCCUCUCCUCCUCGGCCAUCCCAGGCCCCCAAAUCACUCCCUCUGCCGCCUCCCACACCACUCCACCUAUUCUCUCCUCAUCCUCUUCUCCUGCGGGGCUUCAGCCAGUGACCACAAACCAACCAACCUUGGUCCACCCCCAGCCACAGACCGCAGCCCUGCCUGGGCAGACGCAUACACACUGUGGGGAAUGUGAUGCAAGGUGUGAGGCAUCCGCUGAGGCCCAAGGCAAACCGGACGACAUCCAAGUUCUGGAGAAGAAGCUUCGCUCUCUCUUCAUGGACCUCGGCGGAGGAGUGCCCUCCAGCCAGGGAGACAUCUUAGGUGCUGACACUGCCUCUGGAGCCUCUGUGACAGGUACCUCGUCCCCAUUGGGGCCCAGCUCUACCUCCACAACACCUGGCUCCAGCCUGCCAAACAAUCCUCUUCAGCCCCCCUCCAGCCUAGCGAUAGGGUCAGUGGGGUCACCUGCUCCAGUCCAGGGACCUGGGACACCUAUUUCCACCCCUGCACAGACGGUCAUCCCUGCCUCAUCCUUUGGCCAGAGCACUCCAUCUAAAACCCCCUUAUCCAGGGUACCGGCCAGUUCAUCUCCUUCAGAACUCCUGCCAUCCUUCCCUGGACCUUGUGUAAUACAGUCCCAGCAGCCUCUGGAGGACCUAGAUGCACAGUUGAGGAGAGCACUGAGUCCAGAGACUGUUCCCGUCAGCACACACUCACAGGCCUCUCACAGUGGUUUUACUGCAGUGGGACCACCAGUACCCUUUUCUCUUGAUGAGGAAGCUGUGUCCUCUCCUGCUCCUCCUCCUGCAAUUAAACUUGGAAGAUUUCAGGUCUCACUUGCCACUGAAGAGCCUCCAGUCCGACACCCGGCCUGCACUGAAUCAUCCUCCUCCUCGUCUUCGUCCUCUUCCUCCUCGUCCUCCAGUCUCUCCAGCCCAGAAAACACACUGCAUAAAAACUGCGUGUCUCCUCUGAAAGGGGGAGGAGGACAAGGAGGAGACAUUGUAGACGGACUCCCCCAGAGGACAGUGACAGGAUCCCACCAACCCUCCCCCUUCACCUCCCCCUGCCCGUCUCCUAAGCCCACUACUACCAUAGGACGCUUCCAGGUCACCACCAACCCUGAGGCUCGUGUCGGUAGAUUCUCGGUCAGUCGUGCCCAGGAGCAGAGCCCUGAGCCCAGGCAGAGCCCUCUACCCGCUGCCCAAGCUGCUAACGGACCCAGCGAACCCAGGCAGAUUUUGACCCCAGACUCAACUCAUAAAGCCUCCCUGCCGAGCUUAAACAACAACUCCUUCAAUAGCUCCUACAUCAGCAGCGAUAACGACUCCGAAUUUGAGGACGACGACUUCAAAUGUGAAGUCAGCCGGCUCAGAGAAAAGCACAUGCGUGAGAUUCAGGCCCUUCACUCCCGUCAGAAGGAGGAGAUAGACUGCCUCUUUACCAGGCUGGGAAAGGUUCCUCCGGCUGCAGUGCUCCCUCCAGUUAUAGCUUUGACUGGCAGGAGGAGACGACCUACCAAGAGCAAAUCGUCUAAAUCGUCCAGAACCAGUUCCAUGCACGGCAGCAAGAGUCCAUUACAACCAGGCAGCACUUUAUCCGCCCAGAGCGUCCCGACCAUGUACCCCGGGCAACUGGCUCUGUUAGCCCCAGGAGGAUUAGCUGAUUCGGUCAGCAGCUCUCUGCCCCAGCCCCUCAAACCCUCUCCCUCCAGCGAUAACCUGUGUUCGGCCUACACCAGUGAUGCGGCGCUCUCUGUGCCCAGCCUGUGUGCUCCCACCCCAGGCUGUGUAAAGUUCAGCUGGGGUUCGGAGCGUUUGGCCUUCAAGCCUGGCGGCAGGAGGACGCGCUUUCUGAGUACGCCCUGCUUGGCUCUUUGGAAGAUGGUGAAAAAAGUCUGCCCCUGCAACCAGCUCUGUAGGACUAACAGCACCAUCGCAGUAAGCGGCUCAGGAGGUUUGGGUCCGAGCCAGACGGGUUCUCAGUAUCUGCCCGCCAACAUGUCGGUCCCCCACCAGAGGAAAGGAACCUUCACCGACGACCUCCACAAGCUGGUGGACAACUGGGCCCGAGACGCCAUGAACCUCUCACAGGGUAAGAGGAGUGCCAAACAGCUGCAGCAAACUCCAGCGCAGGGACACAGCUACGAGGUCAUCCAGUCAGCGAGUCUGGGCAGGAAGUUCUCGGCUCCCAGCCAACUGUGUCCCAGCAGCAUUGGAGGCUCUGCACACCUCCCCACAAACCCCACCGCUACCUCUCUGGCCAGCCGCAAGGGCUCCCUGUGCCACCCCCCCUCCUCUUCCACUCCAGCCCAAACCCAGCCUCCCCAAUUCAUCCAGUACACCCCCACCGCCGCCUACAGUGCACAGUGGUCUGGUCCGACUCAUGGCUUGUCGACCUCGCACCAGGCUCCGGUACAGGCUGGGCCCCUGCUGGUCAGCACCUCCCAGCCCCUUGGCCCCUACCCCACCCCACAGGGCCAGAUUCCCGGGCAGGGGCCAUUCCAGGCUUUCCAUUUGACCAACACUCUGCAGAAGUCUGUCAGCAACCCAGGAGGACCCAAUCUGAGGACCACGUAGGGCUGGGGAUCAGGGCUGGAAUGAAUCACGGCCCAACUGGUGUGAACUGGUGUGGGGCGGAGAGUGUUUUGGGUUAGAUAAGUGGGAGUGGACAGAAGAACAAGGAGCUCGGUGUUUGAAAGAUGUCGGAAGCUGACGUGUCAGGAGAAUGGAAAAAGAGAAGCUGAAGAGAGGAGAAACCAGGAAAGAGGAAUUUCAAGUGCGACCAUCUCCAUUUGCCUCUGCUUCCAUCCAAGUGUGCGAGACACUGUCACAGACACAGCUAAACAAUCUCCUUGCCUGCUGUGUUUGACUCUGGGCUUGUGACAGCAGCCAAAUGCUCAAGGAUAAAGGAAAAGACUGAUGAGUGCAAUGUUAACAAGCCAAAGAGGUUGUGACAGGGUAUGGGACUGGUGUUGAAGACUGAGUGUGUGUGUGUGCCGUGUUGUGUAUGAGCUAUUAUUACUUAAUCACACUUGUUUCAUAACAUGCUUUAAAUUGGGUGAACAAGCUCAUACAUGAUGGGGCGCACAUGUGUCCUAGUUUACGGUGAUAGAAGAUGCAACAUGCGGUUAAAGUGGAAGGAUGUGGUGACAAUGUAAAAGUCAGCAGACAAAAGCUUUGGUAGAAAGAAAAAGAUGUUUAGAACUGUGUCUGUGAUUAUUCUCCCGUGUGUGUGAUAAGUCAGGAAGUGUUUUUUCUUCAGUAUUCAGACAUUUUUUCUUAACCGUCAAAGCACAAAGAAUAUCGAGAACAAAUGGAAUUAAAGCAUACUGAGAAUAGUUAGCAGCUCGGCACUUGGUGGAAUCAGCUUGAGGGAAGUCGUGACGGCUUCUCGUUCCUCCUUCGUUCUGGCGAAGCAUUCACCCCGAGCUAGAGAGGUGGAGGACAGAUAGUAGGUGGAGAUGGAGAGAGACACCUUUGUUUCCCGUUCCUCUGCUUACUUCACGAACGAUAAAUCAAUGAGAGCACUUAUUGGGACACGACGAUGCUUCCGCGCGGCCCAACACCUCUUCACUGUCACGACUCCACCUCCUCCUUCUCCUCCAUCCCUCUCUCCGCCUCUCUGUUGCCAUUUGAAGCAAUAACAGCAGAAACCUUUUAAGAGGAAAGGAAAAAGAAAUAAACAUGAGAGAACUCAUUGUGAAAAAGUGGCCUUGUUAUCAGAAUAAUAUCACAGUCCCUGUACAGUUUAUUUUGUAGAAUUUGAUGAUUCCAUUUAGUUCUUUUAUUUUGGUUUUGUAUUGUUUUUUGUUUGGCUUUGUUUGCUUCCUGCCCCCAGCUGGCAAUCUGACACACACACACACACACACACACACACACACACACACACACACACACACACACACACACACACACACACACACACACACACACACACACACAUGCAUUAGAUAUGAAUUCAGACAGACACACAUUCAUGCACAGCCAGAUGUAAAUACACACACGUGUUGUUGGAGGCGUAGCAGCUGUUUAACGGACGUAGAUGUCUCAGUUCUUAGCGUCAUUAAGCUGGUUUCAACACUCGGGUUGGAAUAAUUGCAAUGUACAUUUAUUAUCAUCAUCAUUAUUGUUGUUAAUGAUUAUUAUUCUAUUUAAAACGAAACAAACAAAAAACGUGUUCUGUCGACGGACCUGUUAUACACACGCACAUCGGAGCCCGAUGUGGAAACACUGUGAUUAUUGUUGUUGUUAGCGAAAGUGUUGUUGGACGACUUUAGUUUUAGGGUAAAAAUAAAAAAAAACUAGAGAACGGUUCGGGGUCCUUUCACUUUCAAUUCACUGCUUCCUGCAAAUUCUCAUCAAAAUGUGAAAAUGGAAAAUAUAAAAAACAGCUCCUUUCAAUAAACAUCCUCACAUCCAGUCGCUGAGGACUUACUUCUAAACAAAUGCCUUAUACCACCAACUAAUCACCCGCAACUUCAGUUUACCACUGAUUGAAUUGAAAGCUGAAACUGACCUCAGAGCCUGAAUAUAAAGAAAAAACCAGAAUGAACGGCAGGAUAGUUGAUAUGUAGAUUUAAAACAAAAGUAAUGCUUGCUAUUUUUUUUCUUAAUACAGUACUUAUACAGUAUAUCAGACACUUUAAAUAGCCCUCCUCCUCUCUUCCUCCCCUGGUUUUGUUAGAUGAAUGUGAAUGUAUAAACCAAUGGUGUCCAUUUUAAUGUACUUGAAAAGAAAAAGUCUGUCUUUUAUUUUAUUUUUUGUUUCUCCCCUCCCCCCCUCCAGAGCCUCUGGUGAAUACUGGAGGUAUUUACUAGUGCCUUGCCUCCUUCCUGUUGCUUCUUUGUUGGGUUGGGUGAAGGACUUGGGUUGACGUGCGUGGGGAGUUUGCGGGGUGUCACUGUGACAUCGGCCCUGAUGGUCGGACCUGGUUGAUAGACAGCUGCUGUUGUCAGCUCUGCAGGUUGUGGUUAAUUCUUUGUGUCCUUCAAAAUGCUCAAAUUUAACCUUUUUUGUUGUUGUUGGAGAAUUGAGAGGAAAGCUGAAUCAAAAAUCUUGAAAACCGUGACAUCAGCGUUGUUUCUUUCAUUGCUGUGCUUUGCUCUUAUGCGCACGAGGCCCGGCUGUGUCUUCAGGCCCAGCUACACCACCAACAGGAUGAAAUGAUGGAGCGAACGUGAUACUUUAUUGGUGCCAUUUUGUUUUUUCAGGGUUUUAAUUGUAAAUAUGAGGAAGGGGAUUCCGUUUUAAGGAGAUUGGAGUUUUUGAAGAUUGUAUUUGAAGCUUGGACCACUCUGUACUUUAGAGGCACUGGCCCGGGUGCAGCAGAGAGUUCAGUCAGGAGACGAUGCGUUGACACAGUGGUGCACAUACGUGUUGUAUACCAAAACAUAAAUCAUAUUUCUUUCUUACUGCUUUGUGAAUUUGGCUGAUAACAAAAAAAAAGUUUCUUUCUCUGAAUUUGUCCUCAAUUUAAUAAUCUCCUAAUGAAUGAGAAACAGUGCAACUUUACAUAUUAUUACAUUGACAUAGUAAAAAAACAAAUCUACUUCAUCAGGACUGUGUCGGUGGUCUGAUCAGAUCCUGUUUCGAAAUAUUGCUGAAUCCUGAUUGGGUGCAUGGAAAUAUGACAUCACCUUUUUCUAAGUAACAUGAGGAUUAGAAACAAAGUGAAUACAAAGAUUUCUAUGGUGAAAUAACCAAAACCGUUCAAACUUUACUCUUUACUCAAACUGUUACACAUCUCAGAGGUGCUGCUGCUGCUGCUGGGCAAACAGAGCAAAGAGUCCGAGUAAGGUGUGAACAUCGUCUCCUCCACUCCUGUUCCCACUCUGUUUGUGAAGCUGCACCAUUCAGGGUCAAAUGUGUGGUGGUGGUGGUGGUUGGAGUGAAUGUGAGCACCGUGGUGGUCAUGAUGGAAGCGAUGGAGGUUUCAGAUUCAAGGCCUUUCGACACCCUGUUCUGAUUUAACCUUCAUUUAUCAGAGCAAAUCAAAACGUGUCUGUUACAAACUUUAACAUUCACGUAAGAACAACCUAGCAUCUUUUAUUUUGUUUUGCGUUGGGAAGGGUUUGUUCUGGAUUCACGUCAACACAUUAUGAAAAGGUAACUUUGUAAAGUUUGUACAAAAACAACAACAUUGCUUCUGCCUGUUUGUUUUUUGUGACAUUUUCCAUUUUCCCCCCGUGAAACGUUAAUGCAACAUUUUUACUACUUAGCAAGUUUGGUUGAAGCUGUGAAUAAUAAUUGAGCCACUUUGCUUUAGUUCCGGUUCAGAGCGUUCUGUCAAAUCCUUAAAUGACGCCACCGACUCAGUGCCAUUUGACGUGUCGUCAGUGGAGUGGAACCAUCAGAAGUGAAGAAUAAAAAAAAAAAAAGAACAUUUGAGUGUAAUAUUUACCUGCUGUUACUCACUGGAGCUGUUUUGGUUGGAGUUUCACUUUGCAACCGCUUGAGCCUCAAAUGAUUUCCACAGUAGAGGUGUGAUCAUAUUUUUGCUGUGUCUCUACUACACAAAAGAUAACUACGAAAGAAAUGCCCUCUGUGCAAUGGCCGCAAUGCAAUAUCAUGUAAAGUUACAGUGUGUUGUCAAGCUGGGGGAGAGCUCUUACUGUGAAAGGUUUGGGAGUUCUCCAGCGCUGGGCGACUUUUAUUGUGAAAUUUAAGGUUUCAAUGUUUCUGGUGGCACGGAUAAAUGGCAGCAAUAGUUGUUUUAACUGGCUCACGCUAGAGAUUAAGUUUCUGUUGGUGUUUUUACAGGACUCGCUUUCCCUUUAUGCUUUUACUGUAGAAGUGCCCACAUGUUAACAUCACACAAUGCCUUCUCAUGCACCAACACACACACACACACACACACACACACACAGACACACAUCACUGUUUCCUGUAGCUCUCUCCUGUGGAAUGACGUUGAGUCUCGAGUUGCUCUCGACUGUUACUGAAAAACAUGUUGAUUUUUUUUUUUUCUUCUUUAGUUUUUCUCUCACUCAGUUUAUCUGCGGUUUAAACGUCUCUAGCAGCGAUUAACUUAACUUGAGUGGUUUCAUUUUUUUCUGUAUCAUGUUUGACAUUGUACAAAAGUGGUUGAAUUACAAAGAACACAUGGAUGAAAGAAAAACAAGAAUAAAUACAUGUAGGGAGUCAUCGGCAGCCUUUAAUGGUAUGUUUUGCACUAAGUAUAGAGUGUUCAAGCUUCAUAAUAAAAAUAAACUGCGCUUUGCGCUACAAUACAAUUAAAUUUGUUACUUUAUUUGUAAAAACUAAAUAAAAGUUGUUUAAAUGAA